ACUACCGAAACUGCCUCCUGGAUGUCUGCAUCUACGGAGAAGAUCCCCAAAUUUUUGGUUUCAGCCACAUUCCCCUCGCAGACGCUACGUAGUCGUGAGCAUCCAGCUGAUGCAGAUCUGCAUACUCUUUACCCCAGACAUUGGAAGUGCGGCCGACAAAGCCAAUUGGAUGUGAUGGUGCUUUGCCCCGACCAUGCGCCAAGUCAAAAUUGCGCCCGGCAAACACCGAAAGACCUCGAAUAAGUGCGGAUUUAUGAUUGGUCUCCAGACUAUUUGCGCGUGGCUCUAGCCAUUGACUGAGUCGCGACACUCAAUGAUUGAAAUCUACAAAGCGCCUCGAGCCCUCUCUUGAAAUAUGUUUACACUCGAGGGCUCGACUCUACGAGCACAUAGACUGCUUGCUCAUCAAGCUUGCGGUCAUCACGCAAGUCAAGCUACCGCAGCCAAACUGACUCUUAUCUACUUCUUUGAAACCCUCCUUCUCAAUGGCUACCGAAUCGACCCCCGCGCCACCCUCCAAGACUCCUCGGGCUGAGGACUUCAUGGUCGGCUGGCUAUGCGUGCUUCAAGCUGAAUAUCGAGGGGCCUUGGCGAUCCUAGACGAAAAGUACGAUAACACAAGUUUUGUUCGUGGCCACGGGGACAGAAACGACUAUGUUCUUGGGCGGGUUGGACCUCAUAACGUGAUGAUCAAUAUGCCGCCGGCAGGAUGGCAGGGGCAGGUUCACGCGUCCAGAAUAGCCCUCGACAUGAGAAGCACUUUUCCGAGAUUACGAUUUGUGCUUCUCGUCGGGAUCGGGGGUGGCGUCCCAUAUGCGGAAGAUAUUCGCCUUGGGGAUGUCGUUAUCGGCACGCAGGUGUUUCCUUUCUCAACCGGCAAAGAUACCCAGUUUGGGCAAGCAGCACACUGGCAUGAUCAGAACUCCUCCAAGGGAGCUCCUUGGGGCAAUCAUGUUUUUGAUGCAGCGGUUCUGGGCGCCGGAAGAACUGCUUCUGUCCGAAUCAAUUGAACAUAUUCGUUCAAGAGCCGGACGAGGUGGAGUUGCGUUUGCUCGUCCUCUGCAAGACCAUCUUUAUAUGGGUCAAAUUGGGCACCAGGGCGACCAGUGCGACUGUAAACAGCCCCAGUCGCUUAAACGGGGACAGCUGAUACACCGCGAUGAUCGUCAGAGAGAUAUCGUUCAGGUUUUCCAAGGCUGUAUUGGUUCAGAGAACACCGUCAUGAAGAACGCUCAAAAACGCGAUGAUGAGGCCAGAGAAAUGAACAUCCUGUGCUACGAGAUGGAAGCCACCUCGGUCAUGGACUGUGUACCUUGUCUGCCCAUUCGAGGGAUUGCAGACUAUGCAGAUGCGCACAAGAACAAUCAGUGGCACUUGUAUGCCGCUUUGUCAGCAGCGACCUGUGCCAGGGAGCUGUUGCUGUCCCUCAAACCAGACUUUGUCACUCGUUUUCCUCUGAACGUUUCUGGAGACAUUGUGGAUCGGUAUAUGGAAGGUGCGGUUAGCAACCCCAAUGUUUUUUCCGGCAGUGAGAUCGAGAAGUUAAGACAAACCCGCGACAGCCUAAUGGAACGUUGCAGAUUUCUUCACGAGGUGAGCGUCAAAGAGCUUGAGAACAUGCCAAAUAGCUCGUCCACCAAGAAAGAUAAGGCACGAGAGUUGAAGAAAUUUCAAGAAAUUUUGGGGAAGCACCUAGAGCACUUGAACCAGGUUCUGGAAAAUCACGAUGAUUUACUGUCCAGUUCAGACCCGGAGGUUCGAGCAGAGUACAGGCGCCCGAGGGCUCAGUUACGGGAAGACAAAGAGGCGAUUGACGCUCUAGCUCGGACAGCCGAGGGUUUCUUAGAAGAGGCGGCCAACAUGCUCACAACGUUGGCAGUAUAUUUGGAUGAUCGGGGAGUGGGUAUCGCUGGGAUAGUUGUGAUGUAUGUCGGACGAAUGCUGACGCGCUGGAGAUCAAGCCCAAUGUCUCCAACGGUUGUGUUUCAAUGGGUAUGCCGAAAGACGUGGACAGUCAGUUCAUCCCAAGAGGAGGAAUUCUUCAUUGAGAUGGGCCACAUUGAGAUGGGCAGGCAGGGACCUAUCAAACUAUAGGAAGUAGAUCGACUCUUUUGAUGCAAUCACUUUCACUGUAAUUGAACUGUACUCUGUAUUCCAAAUUUAUUUUGACCCACGCUCCGACAUUGCCGG